AUUCAACACGGCCGGAACCUUUCUUUAGUCUGUCGGGGUGAAGCCGGACUAUUUACCAGUCGCACAGGACGAUGGCGGCGGUCAUACAAACGCGGCUUCUCCUCAGAAAAGUCAAAGAUUUAAGAUGCCUGACGCCCAGACGAACCCGAGUGAAAGGCAAAUGGGCCACCACUCAGCCCAAGUCCCCCCCCACCAGUCUGGCCCUGCAGUAUAUGGAUGCCACCUACAGCCUCCAGCUGGGGCAGCAGUGGCCCUCAGUCCGCGUCAGCUUGCUCUGUGAGAAGAAGUACGGAGCCCUGCUCAACAACUUCUCCCAUGAGUCUGCUCUAGCUGACCUCCAGGCCCAGGGGUGCAUGGACUUCAUCGGUCACACAGAUCAGGAUGCACAGCCAUUCUUGGAUGAAGCGAGUGGAGGGGAACCAGAGGGCAGCAUGGAACAGGAAAUCAGCAGCAGUGUUUCUCUGAACAAAUCCGACAGUGUUGACGAGGAGCUGUCUCCACUGCAGCUGAGCCCCAACAUCAAAUGCUUAGUGUUUCCAAGAGGGGACAUCACAAGAUUCAAAGCUGCCAGGCCAGACGGGUUUGGGUUGUUGAGUUACUACCUGAUGGAUGCAGCGUCCGUCUUGCCUUGCCUGGCGCUGAAUGUCCAGCAGGGUGACUCUGUGUUGGACCUGUGUGCUGCUCCGGGAGGCAAGACGCUGGCUUUACUGCAGACACAGACUAUAAGGUUUUUGUGUGUAAAUGACGCCUCAGUGUCUCGGACGAUGCGUCUCAGAAAGGUCCUCCACAGCUACAUUCCCAAGGAACUUCUGACCAAUGACAGGAUACGCAUCACCUCCUUUGACGGCACCAAAUGGGGAGAAAUUGAGAGGAACACUUUUGACAGAGUCCUUGUUGACGUGCCCUGCACCACAGACAGACAUUCGCUCAUGGAGGACGACAACAACAUAUUCAAGAAGAGCAGGACCAGCGAGAGGCGGCAGCUGCCUCAGCUACAAACCGAGCUGCUGCUGGCCGGUGUUGAAGCGGCGUGUCCAGGCGGAGAGAUCGUCUACUCCACCUGCUCACUCUCUCAACUCCAGAACCAGUGUGUGGUGGAACAGGCCAUCCACCUGGCCAGAGAGAGACAUGGCAUCCACCUGCAGGUUGUCAGUCUGCGACCGCUCACUCACACAUUUAGGAAAACCUUCCACUUUGCUCCUGACCUCCACCUGGGUGAGAUGGUCCUCCCACACCUAGCUGCUAACUUUGGACCCAUCUACAUGUGCAAGCUUAGGAGACUGAACUAGAACAGGCGGCCAGCUGUGAAUUAUUUGGCUGCCGUGCACCUUUACCUCCUGGCUUGUGGACUUUUGAAUGUUUGCGUUUUUUGGUUUGUGGAUUUAACUUUUUGCUUCCAUUUUUGGACUUCAUGUGUAAACUGAAGAUGCUAUUUUGGAGCACAGUCGGUGAAUGAUGUGGACUGUUGAAGCACUGGACUGGGACAAGCUUGACAGGCUCAUCAUUUGAAAAUCAUAAAAGUGAAGAAUCCAGUUGAUCACCAUGGUUUUUUAUGUCAUUACAACUAAGCUAGAAUUUAUCAUUGCGGCUUCUGGACUGUUGCAAGAAAACGGGGACAUUUAAUUUCCGUUUCAGGACAUUCUCUCUGCCAGUGAGAAUUUGUUGGACUUAUUAAAGUGAAUUAGUGACUGGA